CCCUGCAGACUCUUGAGUGUACACCCAGACUCAGCGCAGUACUGGAGAGGAGAGCACAAGUAGAACUGCUGACUGGAGCCACUGUAAGUUUUUUCAUUAACUUUGGCCCCAGUGACAGAGAGGACUGCUGCUGUUGGAGAUGACUGAACUGUCACUGUUGGAACAAUAUUCCUCUGCUUUAGGAAAUGUUCUCUGUUCUGAGAGCCUGAGAGUUACUGAGGAACUUUAAACUAAGAGACGCAGAUAUCGGAGAAUUCCCACUUCAGAGUUUGGGUAGGAAUUCUAAAAACAGCCUUGUAAUUGACCCCUGAACAUUUAGUACAAUGAUGCACAAACAUCCACGAGAAGUGAAACUAACCAAAAGGCAUUUUUGAAUCUAAGGGGACUUUGACAUCCUUCUACAUUAGAUACAAAGGAGCUCUAAAGAAGAUCAGCUGCAGGCCGUUUCUUGAAUAAAAGCCACAGUCAAAAUCAAAGGAUGAGGACUCAUCUCCUCUGCUUGGAGUUACUCGCUUUGGCAGUCCACAUACUUGUGGCCAGUGGACAGCUGGAGCCAAAGAAACAAGUGCCCCAGGAGCCUCUCACCGUUACCCAGAAACAAGGGCUCGUGGAACGAGAUGUGCAGGGUGCGGUGCGGCCCAACAGCACCAUGCCCCGCCGCCGCCUGCCACCCAUGUGCACCGGACCCACAGAAAUCCGAGACACUUUCAAGUACAUCAACACAGUGGUGUCCUGCCUGGUUUUCGUUGUCGGUAUUAUUGGGAAUUCCACUCUUCUGAGGAUCAUCUAUAAGAAUAAGUGUAUGCAUAACGGGCCAAAUAUACUGAUCGGCAGCCUGGCACUUGGAGACCUGCUACAUAUCAUCAUCGCCAUUCCCAUUAAUGUUUAUAAGCUCCUGGCGGAGGAUUGGCCAUUCGGGGUGACUCUGUGCAAGUUGGUGCCAUUUGUGCAGAAAUCCUCAGUGGGGAUUACAGUGCUGAGUCUGUGUGCGUUGAGUAUUGACAGGUAUCGUGCCGUGGCCUCAUGGAGCCGUAUCAAAGGGAUCGGAGUUCCAAAAUGGAUGGCUAUCGAGAUAGCGCUCAUCUGGAUAAUAUCCAUCAUCCUGGCUGUGCCAGAGGCGAUAGCCUUCGACAUGAUCACCAUGAACUACAAAGGAGAACAUUUGAGGAUCUGCUUGCUGCACCCCGUGCAGAAAACCGAAUUCAUGAGGUUUUAUAAAUCAGCAAAGGACUGGUGGCUGUUCAGUGUGUAUUUCUGCCUGCCGUUGGCCUGCACUGCCAUUUUCUACACCCUGAUGACCUGUGAGAUGCUGAGGAAGAAGAAUGGCAUGCAGAUUGCGCUCAGCGACCACUUAAAGCAGCGGAGGGAGGUGGCGAAGACAGUGUUUUGUCUGGUUUUAGUCUUUGCUCUGUGCUGGCUGCCUCUCCACCUCAGCCGUAUCCUGAAGCUCACCAUCUAUGAUGAAAAGGAUCCAAACCGGUGUGAAUUGCUCAGUUUCUUUUUGGUGUUGGACUACAUUGGCAUCAACAUGGCAUCUGUCAACUCCUGUAUCAACCCCAUCGCCCUCUACAUGGUCAGCAAGCGCUUCAAGAACUGCUUCAGGUCCUGUCUGUGCUCCUGGUGCGUAACGACAGAGAUGUUAAUGGACGAAAAGCAGUCGUGCAUGAAGCUUAAAGUCAGCGACCGAGGCUCCGAACAGAGCAACUCUCGCAUGACCAACAAGUCCUCGACAGCCUGAGGAGAGGCCCAGAAGUGAGAAACAACCAAAAAACAUCGAAGUAUGCCUGCGUAAAUGAGGACAGGGACCCAUUUGUUUUUAUCUACAGCAUAAUAUGAAAUGUCCUUAAACUCUUAAGAUCAAUUACAUACCGCCGGAAAUCAGCUCUCACUGCAACUCAAUCUAACCUGAAACUUUUAGCACUUAUCAUGGAGUGCCACACUCAUUCUGUCCAAGAAUGAAGUGUCAGCACGCCUCCAAAGCUGCACUCUUGGAUAGGAAGUAUCAAAUUUAUACAGGCAUGAAUAACAUUAAAAAUGGAGAACUGAACAGGAGCAAAGUUCAACUAUGUUGUGUAAAGUUGGGGGUUAAGGGUUGAUAAGCUAAGACAGCUUCCCAGGCUUGCAGCCUGGAUAGUGUAUGCAUUGUAGUGUAUUUGUUACAUACUUCAGCAUCUUGUAAAACAGCCAUUUGGGGAUUUUGCAUGUUUUUUCUGUAAAAAAAAUGAAUGUACAUGAGCAUUUUACAUGCUUUUGCAUACUUGUUAAUGCUUUGAAAUUUAUUUUCUUUGUGUAUUCUCACUAGCAACAAAACUACUGACGCUGUGUGACUUCAGCUGUGAUACCGUCAGCUAUUGUAUCAUAUUGUUCCAUACUUGGCCUGUUCCUGAGGCUUUUUGUCAUUAUAUUAGUGCCUGAUUAUCUUAAUUUGACUCCUUACCUUUAAUGUAGGGUUUCUUUUUUCAAUAAAUAUAACACAUAAAAUCAUGACUAUA